AUGUUCAUUGCCCCCCACACCAUUCUGCAUCCCUUUGGCGUUAACCUGGUUGGCCAGUAUCUUCGAUGCCAUGCCCGGUUUGGCUUCCGUGCGAGCUCCGCCGAAUCAGUGAACUGGGACAAGAAGCAGGAGAGUAGCAAGAGGGGGAGAAAGAACAAAGCACCGGCUGAGACCGGAUUAGAGGUUCUUUGUGACGAUGGGUUCGGAAGCGUCAACGUGAAGGAUUACCUGGAGGCGGUGAGAGACAUGCCCAAGGACGACGGCGGGCCACCUCGGUGGUUCAGUCCCGUGGAGUGCGGCCGGCCGGUGGUUGACAACGCACCUCUGCUGCUGUUCCUGCCAGGAACAGAUGGUGUUGGAAUGGAGCUCAUUUUGCAUCACAAAUCUUUGGGCAUGGUAUUUGAGGUGCGCUGCUUACACAUAGCAGCAAGCGAUCGCACACCAUUUGGAGGGCUACUACAAAUUGUUGAGGAACAUAUCAAAUAUGAGCAUGCUUUAUCACCAAAUAGACCAAUAUUUGUGAUUGGAGAUUCUCUUGGCGGAUGCUUGGCAAUUUCAGCGGCAGCAUGCAAUCCCAAAAUUGAUUUGGUUCUCAUACUAAUAAAUCCAGGUGAGCCAUUUAAGAUGGCAAUGGUGAGCUUUCAGAAUGGUCAUUCACUUCAGGGGGCCCUGCAAAAGUUUUCGGACAGUCUUCAAUCUAUGCUAAAUUUAAUUUCUGGAAGUGGAGAUAUCUUACGAAUGGAUAAUGUUGUGUGGAAGCUCAGGCUUCUUAUGUCUGGUGCAGCCUAUGCCAACUCACGUCUUCAUGCGGUACAAGCGGAAGUUCUACUUCUUGCCAGUGGCAAUGAGAAUCUACUGCCAGUGGGAGAAGCAUACGAACUCUUUAAAACACUGAAAAAUUGCAAAAUUAGGCACUUUAGGAACCAAGGUCAUAAUCUACUCAUGGAGUAUGACUUCAAUUUGUUAACAGUGAUAAAAGGGGUCAACUUAUACCGCCGUGGCAGAAAACGGGAUGUCGUGAUCGAUUUCCUUCCACCUACAUUUAGUGAGUUCAAGAAAACAUUUGACAAAGAUUACAAACCAUUGCAUCAGUUACUGAGCACAGUCAUGUUUUCUACUUUGGAGAAUGGAAAAAUUGUCCGUGGCCUCGCUGGUGUUCCUGACAAAGGUCCUACCUUGUUUGUGGGUUAUCACCAACUUUUGGCAUUGGAGAAGACUUCAAUUGUUGAGGGUUUCUUAAAAGAGAAAAAAACUAUUAUCCGAGUAUUGUCCAACCAGUUACUCUUUUCUGAACAUUUUGGGACAUUGCGCCAGGAAUUCUCUUUGUUUGAUUCAUUCUCUGUACACGGUGCAGUACCGAUCACUCCAACCAAUAUGUAUAAGAUGUUUGAGAGGAAAGAAUUUGUUGUCCUCUAUCCGGGUGGUGUUCGAGAAGCUCUACAUCGAAAGGGUGAAGGCUACCAGUUAUUUUGGCCAGAAAAACCAGAAUUUGUAAGGAUGGCAGCCCGGUUUGGAGUUACUAUCAUACCAUUUGGUUGCGUCGGAGAAGAUGACUUCAUGGAGCUAGUUUUAGAUUACAAUGAUCAAAAGAACAUCCCCUAUCUUAGAGACGGGAUAAAAUCAUUCAAUGAAGAUCUUCCAAAUGUAAGGGCCACUGUCACCGGAGAGGAUGGAAAUCAGGCCUUGCAUGUGCCUGGCUUCCUCCCUAAAUUACCAGGUCGGUUGUACUUCCUCUUCGGCAAGCCAAUCGAGACAAGAGGAAUGGACAACCUCGUGAGGGACAACAAGCAAGCGAAUGAUCUGUAUUUGCACACGAAAUCGGAAGUGGAGAACUUAAUCUCCUAUCUCAAGAGGAAGAGAGAAGAAGAUCCCUACCGGAGCAUAGUAUCGCGCACGUUGUACCAGGCAACUUGGGGUGCUUCUGCUCAAGUGCCUACUUUCGAACCGUGA